AACACCUUCAACGUCACCAACCCUCAAGACAAACGUGAGUAUCUAGACUUGUCGACAUCGCAGGAAGGAGUGUGCCAGCGCAUUGCUGGACAUAAGGCUCGAGCAUCGGAGAGGAGAAUGGAAGGGCGCCGGGGCGGUUCCUUUGUAGGGCUACCAUGGAGAAGAGGUGUCGAGGGAGGACUAGGGAGGAAGGUGUUCGCCAGCUGAGGACGAGGAUAUUGGGCACACCGAGUGACGAACGAGACCAAAGCAGAGACUGACAUAUUUACUCCUCCGUUCUUACAGCGACAAGAUGCAGGAGUACCAGGUCAUUGGUAGGCACUUGCCUACGGAGAAGGAGCCUACGCCCAAGCUCUACCGGAUGCGCAUCUUUGCCAAGAACGAGACCGUGGCCAAGUCCCGUUUCUGGUACUUCGUUCGUCAGCUCCGUAAGAUGAAGAAGGCUACGGGCGAGAUCGUUGCGGUCAAUGUCAUCUCCGAGGCCAAGCCCCUCAAGGUCAAGAACUUCGGCAUCUGGCUGCGUUACAACUCUCGGUCGGGCACGCACAACAUGUACAAGGAGUACCGCGACCUGACGAGGGCUGCUGCCGUUAAGACGAUGUACCAGGACAUGGCUGCCAGGCACCGUGCCCGCUUCGCCUCGAUCCACAUCCUUAAGGUGGCCGAGAUCCAGAAGAGCGAGGACGUUCGCCGACCAUACAUCAAGCAGCUCACCACGCCCAAGCUCCGCUUCCCCCUGCCCCACCGUCGCCCCAACUCGAUCGGCAUCUUUGCCGCCAACCGCCCUUCGACCUUCUACUAAGUGCUAUAAUAUGGCACUGGUAGUCUAGAGCGGAAGGCUAGAGCUGGAAGACGGGGAGAAGGAGGAGGAAAGACGAAGCUGAGGAUAGCUAGGGACUGCUCGAGGAGGAGCAGGAGUUGGACCACAAUGGCUAGGAUCGACAUGCCCAAAAACGGAGGACAAGAGAGGCGGCUCUCUCGUUGCUCCAUUGUACGCUUAUACGCACACCCACCCACUUCACAACACACAUUCUCAUACAUUGACGCCACUCUCGCUGAGGAUGGCGGCGAAUGACAUUCAUGGUCUCUUUCUACUCAUCCCUCUCUCGGCAGGCCUUUGAUUGAGCGUUUGUCUCAAGGCUUGAACUGUUCUCGUGACGUUCUCUUGCCUGUAAGCUGCCAUUUCUCUUUGGUCAGCUCAGGCAUUCUAUGGCCGAGGUAUUUGCACGCCGUU